UGGUUUAUGUGUAGAUAGACACCCACGUUUAUUUGUUAGUUCAUGUUGACGACUUACUCGUGCGACACGUUCUCCUAUCUUUGUUUUUUGUACAUUUUCAAAGAUGAGCUUACUACUUACAAUAGGUAUUAGUUUUAUCCUGUGCGGCAUAAUACCUAACUUUUCUUCUUCAUACAACGUAACCAUUACGAAUGUGAAAGAUGCUACCAGUCAUAGGCAUGGAGUCUUACCUAUUGAGAAACUUUUAUCAAGAACCACUAUUAGGAUUUUUGAAAUCAGUUUUGCCUUACAGAACAUCAUUCCUAUCGGAAAUAUCAUUGAAGAUAUUAAUGUUUCCAUAUCAUUUGAAAAUGUCAGUCAAAUUGAUUUUGAAAAAUCUUUCUCAAACCAUGAAGGCAAUCACAAGACGAAUAUGGUACUAGGUGAUCUGACGGAACGCAUUCAUAUAUAUCUAAAUUCAUCGGAGCAGUAUGUAUUGAUAACUGAUCUUUGUGAAUUAAAAUGUUCUAAUAAUUGUCUGACCUUGAACUUAACAUGUCGAUUACAAUCAGAGGAUAUGGAUACGUCAGCAAUGUCAGCGAUACUCAGCACCUCUUGGACAGAACCAUUUUGUGACUUUGACAACCAAUGCUUUCUUGAAUAUGAAGGACCAUUUUAUAUAAGCGAGAAUGGAAGUGAGAGAAGGUGUUACUUUUGUAAGAUUUUACCCAAUGAAGCAGAACAUAUCUCAGGACGAUAUGCUCACACGAUGAAAAAUGAAUCAAACAAUUCGAUGGCCUGGAUGAAAUCAAAAAUCAUAUACGGCAGUUCUUAUGGUUGUGAGUUGAAACUUUCCGAAUGGCAGUUUACUAAAGCAGUACUUAUUGUUACUAUAACAACGAUUAACAGGUUCCGUGUAAUAAAGACGCUUCUUCGGAAAGAACAUUACAAGCGCAGAUACUGGAAUCAAACACGGAUUUCGAUAGGACGAAUACAUGAACCAUUUUAUCUAAGUAUAGGAUUCCGCUCUGAGUAUCUUGUCGCUGUUGACGACAUUGUGUUAUCAAACUGUGAAACGGAUAUACCCCCAAAGGUCUGCACAAAAACCGAAUAUCAAUGUCAUUCUGGGCAGUGUAUAAACAACCAUAGGAAAUGUGACAUGAUCCAAGACUGUUUCCAUGGAGAUGACGAAGCUAAAGAAUUAUGCAAUGGCAUAGCAUCAGAUUUUACCAGAUGUGAUUUUGACCAUGGACUAUGCGGUUGGAAAAUUCAAAAUCAUUCACAUAGCUGUAGAUGGGAGAAAGUACAGAUAUCGAGCAUUAUAAUUAGCAACUCAAAAUUUGCGUUCCAACCGAGAGGUGAAAUCUUAUUUAUUAAUGGAUCAAAGUGCAACAAAAAAGGUCAAGUAGAUGUAGAUGUAGAUAUGAAAAGUCCAAUUUUUCUCUCUGAUGGCCAUGGAACUUGCAAGAUGCACUUCUCGUAUAUAAUGUAUUUUGGUAUAUUGCGAGUUGAUCUAUGUGAAAUACGCAGUAAUGACACCGAAGAUUGUUCGAAGAGGAUAGGAGUCUUUAACAUCCAGAGACAAUGGUUAUCCACAGAUGUUUAUUUACCAUUAGAAAAAGCAAGGUACAGAAUAAGAAUAAGAGGAAUUAUAUAUGAGAACCAUGAGGAUCUGUUUAUUGGUCUUGACGCAAUAUAUUUUGAAGGGAAUUGCUUCAUAAAUAAACUACCAGGAAUCUCAAAAAAGCCUAGAACGGACAACUCUGUAGUUAUAGUAGUUUCAAUAUUAGCUGGCAUUUUAGGACUGUGUCUUAUAUUAAUCAUUCUGAAAGUAAGACAGAUGAGUCGUAAUGAAAACUCAACACAAUGUGGACUACCACUAUUUUGUGCAUCAUUGAGAUCGGACGAAUCACUUGACACAAUGUCUUCAUUCAUUGGUGGAAACAGUGUUAAUUCUCCACUUUAUACAUCUAUAGAGGAGUAUGAAAAAGUCCAAAGCGAUAUACACAGUAUUGCCAGGCAUAAGUUAACUGUUCAGAGGUUGCUUGGUAAAGGUGCAUUUGGUGAAGUUUACUAUGGUCUACUAGCAGAUAAUGCACAUUCAGAAGUACCAACCCCAGUUGCAGUUAAGACAUUACCUACAUUAUGUUCAGACCAAACAAAGUUGGAUUUCUUUAUGGAAGCCGUCAUGUUAAGCAAGCUAAAGCAUCCAAAUAUAGUUAAAUUUAUCGGGAUUUCGAUCGAAGGGUCGUCUAUAUUAUUAGUUACGGAACUGAUGGACGGCGGUGAUUUACGUUCAUACCUUAGAUGUUUGCGAACUAAGUUACAAGACAUAGCAACCCAGGAGCUCGUUCUUCUUUGUAUAGAUGUUGCCACCGGUUGUCAAUAUUUAGAGGAACACGGGUGUAUUCAUAGAGACCUUGCAACGAGAAAUUGUCUAUUGUCAGAGAUAGGUUCCAGAAAAAUAGUAAAAGUCGGCGAUUUUGGGAUGAGCCGAUUAACUGGAAGAACAAAUUACUACAGGAAGAAAGGUACGGCUUUAGUUCCUGUAAAAUGGAUGUCUCCAGAGGCUUUCAUCGACGGAGUUUUCACAUCAAAGACCGAUGUGUGGAGUUACGGUGUUUUGUUAUGGGAAGUGUUUUCGUUAGGGCAUGUUCCCUAUCCUGGAAAAUCAAACGAAGAAGUCAUGCAAUUUGUGAAACAUGGAGGACGACUGCCGAAACCAGAAAUUUGCACCGAGAAAAUAUAUCAGCUUAUGACCAAUUGCUGGGCAGAUGAUUCUAGGUUGAGGCCAAAUUUUACAACAAUCAAAGAGAAAUUAACAAGUAUUGAACAGUGUGAUAACAACAGUACCUCUAAUCCGUAUUUGUCAGUCCCCUGUUGACACAGAAGCACAAUUAUAUAUAAAUUUCAAAAACAGAACCAAUAAGGUCGGACCUAUGAAUGUA